UUCUUCUUCUUCUUCUUCUUCUUCUCUCUCUCUUGAUUUCACAUUUUUCUCUCUCUAAAGUAAGUUUUAAAUUUUGUGUGUGACAAAGAUAGGUAGAUUACGGCGGAAGGAAGGAGACACUAAAUGGUAGAUAAAUCGAAUCUAUCAGCCAAAAAACAAAAAAAGCUUACACCCAACCCAAGUGAAAUUAGAUACCCUCUCAAGUUGACUUGAGUUUUUUUUUUGAAUUGAAGCUUUACAAAAAAAGAGACAAAUCUCCAUUGCUAGGGUUUUAAGAGGAGAAGAGGCUGCUGAAUAUAGAAAGCAGAGAGAGAGAGAGAGAUUGAGUAACUAUUCGAAUGUGAAUCUGAAAGAGACUGGUUCAAUCGGGAAACAGACGAAGAUCUCAUAUUCUCAGGUAAGGGAGAAGACUGAGGCUUUUGUGGAAAGGGGGAGAAGAUGAGAACAGCUAUACCUCUUGAUUAUGCUGUCUUCCAACUCUCUCCAAAACGGUCAAGAUGUGAAUUGUUUGUGUCUACUUCCGGGAAUACUGAGAAACUUGCUUCUGGACUGGUGAAACCAUUUGUUGCUCAUUUGAAAGUUGCAGAAGAACAGGUCGCCCGUGAUGUUCAGUCUAUCAGGCUAGAGGUUGAAAGCAGCAACAAAAAUGCUGGAACCUGGUUUACCAAAGGGACCCUCGAGAGGUUUGUACGUUUUGUUAGUACCCCAGAGGUUCUGGAAUUGGUAAGCGCAUUGGAUGUGGAAAUGUCUCAGUUGGAGGCUGCCCGUAAAAUAUAUGGCGAGGGAACUGGUGAUCAGCGAUCUAGUGCAAAAGAUGGCGCAGAAACUACACCAGCAGCUGAUGUGACAAAAAAGGAGUUGCUGAAAGCUAUUGAUUUACGGCUUGCAGCAGUUACACAGGACUUGACAACUGCCUGUAAUCGCGCAUCGGCUGCUGGUUUCAACCCUAUCAGUGUCUCCGAACUUAGUCAAUUUGCUGAUCGAUUUGGGGCUAAUCGCUUGAAUGAGGCAUGCACCAAGUUUAUCACACUUUGCCAGAGAAGGCCAGAGCUUAUGAGCUCUUGGAGGGUUAAUCAGGAAGAAGAAGCGAUACGUUCUUCAUGGGAAUCUGAUAUGUCAAUUGACGAUCCCAGUGAAGACCCAUCUAGAGACCUGGCGACUAACAGAAACCAACAACAUAGGGAAUAUCAAACUGGUAUGGAAGAGGAAAGUGCAACAGGAACCAACAACUGUCAGAAAAAAUCAAAGCUUAAGCCACAAACACAAAGUAGUAAUGAUGAAAAGGAUGAAGAAGAGGAAAAAAGUACUGUACAAAAUGAGCCUUUAGUGACUCAGUCUAGGCAACUCACGAGACGGCUUAGUGUGCAGGAGAGGAUCAGCAUGUUUGAAAACAAGCAGAAAGAGAACUCUGGAGGGAAAACAGCUGUGGCAAAAUCCACUGAGCUGAAAAGACUUUCUUCUGAUUUAUCAUCUGCUGCAGGCAUGGAAAAGGUUGUGGUACGAAGAUGGAGUGGUGCUAGUGACAUGAGCAUUGAUUUGGGAAAUGACAGGAAGGAUGAUACUGGUGAUAGUCCACUGUGUACUCCCUCGUCAUCUUCAGUGUCCAAAGAUGGAAGUGGUACAUCCUCGAAACUAUUUGUCGGCUACAAUAAAAAAGAGCAGAAUGGAUUGAGCCAUAAUGCGCAUUCUCACAGGACUGAGGAAGAAUGUACUUCCAACAAUGGCAGCGACUGGGGAACGGAUGAAGGAGAGUCUCAAAAUUCAAGUUCUAGUUUCUUGCGAAAAGACAAGGAGGUAGGCAUGAAGGAGCCAUUGAGCACGAAUAAUCAAGUGGGACAUCAAGGAUAUUCUCAGGAUGGUAUUUCAGAGAAGAAUUCCAAGUAUAAAUUCUAUGAGAAGAAUUCCAGAGCCACUUCUGAUCACACAGGGACUGCAAAUAGAAAUGAUGAGGCGGACAACAAAAUGAGCGAUUUUGAAUCAAAUAGGCAGAACCAGAUACAUUUUAGGGAUCCUCGGAGUCAUUCAUUGUCUACAUUACAUCACUUAGGUGGUACUGAACCUAACAUCAUAAGUGUACAGAACAAUGGAGGAACUGCAGAGUCUCCUAGGGAAGAACUAAUGCCUUCGGAUAGGCAAUCACCACUUGUUGAGGAUCGCCAGAGAAAGACACCGGUUUAUGGAGGUUCUGAACAGAUGAAAAGGCCUCAUAGUAGAAGGACGGAGAAUAGUUCAGCUGAUGCAAAUACAAAGCCACCUGCAGUCAUUAAUAGUGUUUCAGAUUUCUCCGAGAGUGAUACUCUGACCCAAAUGUCCCCGACAGAGCAAGUUCAAAGGGCAAGACCGUCUAAGGGAAGCCAAGAGCUGAAUAACGAAUUGAAAGUGAAAGCAAACGAGCUUGAAAAGCUAUUUGCUGAACAUAUGCUCCGUGUGCCAGGGGAUCAAUCUAGUUCUGUCCGUAGAGGUAAGCCCGGAAAGCCGAUUGAACAGGCCGUGACUUCACAGCUGAGAAGACCUGCAGCACAGGAUCUAUCUUCUGAUCAGAAAUUGCCGAGUGAACAGGCUGUGACUUCACAGCUGAGAAGACCUGCAGCACAGGAUCUAUCUUCUGUUCAAAUUUCUGAUCAGAAGACCUUGGCAAUGCCAACUUUAAGCUCAAACGAUGAAGACAAGUUCAAAACUCCGCCAACUAUGAAGAUGGUUGUUAACAAUGACUAUGAAGAUAUCACGAGGCAAAAAUUCCCAGAAAUCAGCUUUUCGGAUAAUUCGAGGGGAAAGUUCUAUGAGACAUAUAUGCAGAAAAGAGACGCAAAGCUGAAGGAAGACUGGAGUUGCAGAAGGACCGAGAAGGAAGCCAAAUUGAAGGUGAUGCAAGAUAUACUUGAUCGCAGUAACGCUGAGAUGAAAACCAAAUUUUCUCAGUCUGCAGGGAGACGUGAUUCAGAUGCCAGACGUGCAGAGAAGCUUGUAUACUUCAAUUCUAAGUUGAGUGCUAAAAAGGAUCAGCAUCCAAUUAGCUCAUUUCACAGUGAAGAAGAUGAGGAUGUUUCCAGGAGCACCCAUAAUAAAAAGCUACAACAAAAUAAAAACAAUUUGACUACUCGAACUACUGCUACAUCAGCAUCACGCUCGGCAGCCAAAGUUUCUACUCCCAGUGCUGUUAGGCGGAGAGGACAAUCAGAAAAACUUCUUGCACAGUCAGUCCCUAACUUCUCCGAGGUCAAAAAGGAAGGCAUGAAACCAGCCUCGGGAGUUGGAAAAAAUGGUGUCCGCACCCAGGGGAGAAUUUCUAUCCGCUCAAAGGUUGUAGCUGAAGAAGAGAAGUUGCGAAGGCCGAAAAAUUUCAGAAAAGGUGCUGCUGAGUUGGCGACAGACUUUUCUCAACUGAAGUCAGAGGAUGGUGUUUCCGUACCUCUGAAUGAACAAGAGCAAAGCGAGAGGGAUUUUAACAAUUAUGGCAUUGGUGUCAGCUCUGAUAAUGCGCAGCUGAAGACUUCAGAAGGAUCUGAUGCAUCAGAUGAUAUAGAGAAAGAGGAGACGGGAGAAGCGCUUGACGACACGGAAGUGGAAGCUUUUACUGAUGCAGAAAACGAGAUGCCUAGACUAAGUCAGGAGUCUGAAGAAUGGGGUAGUACUGGGAUUGCAAAUGGUGAAUCUACAUCUCAGCUUGAACGUGGUUCAAAUGCUGAAUUAUCUGCUGAUAUGGCUUCUAGGCAUCAAACCAUGGGUUCACUUCUGGACUCACCCGGAGAAAGGACUGUUCCAUGGAAUUCGCGAGUUAAACAUCAAUAUCCGAACGAGGCAUCUGAACUUGAUGGUUCAGUGGACUCUCCAGUGGGUAGUCCUGCUUUCUGGAACUUAUCUUCCCUUAACCAUACAGAGAACGAUACAAGUCAAAUGAGAAAGAAAUGGGGAGCUGCUCAGAAACGCGUGCCUGCUGGUAAUCCAUCUCAAAAUCAGUGCCAACAGGAUGUGACAAAAGGAUUGAAAAGGCUUUUGAAUUUUGGAAGGAAAAAUCGUGCGGCUGAGAGUUUGGCUGACUGGAUAUCUGCUACAACGUCUGAAGGCGAUGAUGAUACUGACGAUGGAAGAGAUAUUGCAAAUCGAUCAUCAGAAGACUUGAGAAAGUCGAGAAUGGGAUUCUUACAGAGCCACCCCUCUGGUGAUAGCUUCAACGAGAGCGAGCUAUUCAAUGAACAAGUCCAACCCACUGGCGCACCAUUGAGCUUUAAACUGAAGGAAGAUCAGACUUCAGGAACUUCUGCAAAAGCACCAAGGUCAUUCUUUUCACUCUCCAAUUUUCGUAGCAAAGGGAAAUGAUUCGGAACCAAUAUUCAUAACAGAAGUCAGGAUCCAAGCGAAUGAAAGGUAAAAGAUCGGCAACGCAGGCACACCAGACACAAGUAUAUAAGUGAAAUAUUCUGAGAUAUAAUGUGCUCUUUGUUUCAGAUCAAUGUAUCAUUAAGAAUAGUCCCUCUUCUCUUCAAUAUUUCUUUGUUAACUUUUAUGAUAGUGGUUUUGAAGCCUACAUUGUAAAUUGUAUCAAACCUGAAACAUGUCCGUAUCGGUUUGAUAUCGAUGUGAUUUUGGUAUUACAAGCAAAAAAGGAUGGCAAUGUUCAUUUAGUA